GUCAUUCACCUACUGCAAUCAUUCUUGUGCGGAUGGCGUAUCGCGAUCGCCCUGUGAAAAUCUCCCAUUCUAAUUCUCUACAUCGCUGCACAUCGCGCACACACCACACACGUAAACAUGACAAUGAGUAACAGCAGGUAAUUGUUGUUGAUCGGCCGUCGCUUGCUAGUGUAGUCAGCCACUGCGCGCAAUAUAAACGAUAAAUUCGAUUACGGUAGGACGAGGGCAGUGCUAAUUCCAUUCGUUUCCCAAGUAACCGUGCACGGUUGUAAUCAUUUUAAUAUCAGCUCAGUGCGUCGUCUUUUGUUCGGCUUGCAGUACGCGCGCGAACAUCGUCUGCACAAAAGCGUCUUGCAUUACUAUGGAUUGCCAAACAUAGGUGAAGGUGAAGUACUCGUUUGCAUCACACGGUCAGUAAAUGGUAAAUAAAUUAAGUGCCAACGUCGCGGGGUGAUCGCGCGACUUUCCAACGCAUUUUCAGUGAAAAGCGCUCGUUAUUUACAUGGCGUCAUGAUACUGUUUUGGUACACACAUUGGUUCUGGAUAACAAUCUUCAUUGUUUACACCUCAGAUGUGCAAACUUUGGAGAGUGAUGUUGAAUCAUCAACGCAACAUUCCACAAGCAAUGCCACAAUCAUUGUGGUGCAAAAUGUAUCCAACUCGACGAAAAGCCCUCCGCCGGCGGCGAUUGUUGAGCCUGCAACUCUGCCACCCUCGAAUGCAAACAUCACCAACGCGAGCGUCAUGUUGCUUCCCGCAGGCGAGAACGCGACGAAUGCGACAUCGUCUGUGAUAGAGACACUCGUAACCAGCGCGAGUAGCACGUUUAAUGCUACCGAGGAGGAGACGUUGUCCACGUUGGAGACGGCGUACAAAGAGGCUGACAACGAAUCCAUGACAGCAUUUGAUCGUUCAGCUCCUGCUGCUGAUAGCGGCCGAUUAUCCGCCGCUGGUAUCACCGGUAUCACUUUGGGUUGUGUGAUGCUAGUCGCGCUUGUCUGCGGUGCCAGCUACGUUUGGUACCGGAAUCGCGGUUUCAAUCGGCCGCAAGUACUCACCGACCGCAGCAGUAAUCUCGACUCCAGCGGUUACAUCGACGACACAUCAGUGAGGGACAACUCCGAGGAGAUGUACAGUCUUGACAACGAUUCAUUCCUCAACAGUCUGGAGGCCAUGACUAUUCAGAAUUAUUGGACGGACACCGUCAAACACACCAAGCUUUAAUUGCCAGUUUUUAAUUAAUUAACUGGCCGGGUAACGGAAUAUUUAUUUAUUUAUGCGUCGCGCUUUAUUAUUUGUUGUUUUGUUUGAAAGUUUUCAUAUUAAUCGUCUAAAAUGUACACAAACCGAUCAUAUCCUAUUUAUUUCUAUGUAUGAAUCAUAUGAAUCAGUGAUCAUAAUCAUUUUUAAGUAUGUAGGGCAACUUAAAACGGUAAAAGCGAUAGCGCGAGGUGUCAUCAUAAAUACAUACUACUUAUAUUCAUGACUAAUGCGAAAUGCGUUAAACGUUAAAAAUUGAAAGUCAAGGCGCAAGCAAUAAAUGCGCAUUCAUUUGCAUGCUAUACAUUUUAUACAAUUCCGACUUGUGGGCAAAAAAUUAAUAUUCGGUGAAACUUAAUGAUUUCCCUUCAAUUAAAUAAGUAUUCUUAGCAACUGUGAUGCAUAUCGUUACAUAUAUUUUACGUACUCGUGAAUGUCUAUAUUUUUAAUGCGGGCGACUUUGCACACGUUAUAUUCUUGGCACGCCACGAACAAAACAACAACCAUAAACGAGCAUAACAAGCAAUCAACACUGGAAGUCAAGUGCGAAUAACGAGCAUAAUUAUUUUCUAUUCACUGUUUGACGGUUUUUCGUUUUUAAUUGCGUUAUGCAAACGUAUCCGUAUUCCAGUACAGUACUUUGAACAAAGCAUUUUUUUGUUAUUAUUUUGUUUACAUAUUUUAUUUUUUAAUUGUACAGUGAUUCUAUUAGGUAAUUGUAUCUAUGCAAAAGUACAAAAGUAAAUUGUACAUACGUAUGCGUAAAUGAAUCAAAGCCACACAUCACUUAUUAACGUAUUGAGAUUUGCAAACGGCACGAUGAUUAAUAUACUCGGUACCUUUGUUUAAGUUUUGGCAAUUGUAAGGUUGUUUUAUUAUAAUGUCUAAUUUCUAAGGUAUUUGCGUCCCAGUUAUUACUACAUUAGUUAUAAAUGCACCAAACUAGACUUGAUUACUACUUAAUUUAGCGCUUGGUUAGUUUAGUUUAAUUCGAACGGUCGAUUGGCUUUUGCCUUCUGUCCAUUAGUCAGGAAACUAUCCGUACUUUUAACGAUAUUAUUUUUCUAUUCACAAUUGUAAGAUAAUUCCAUUUUGAAGACGAUGAAGUUGCGUAUAACGAAGUUGUGUAUUGUUUUAAUGACUGAAUGUGUUCGCUGAAGAGUUGUGAUGACUUGAAGAGAUUUUUGUAAUUACUUGUAUAUUAAAGUUAAAAACGUAUUAGUGCAAUAAUAGGUAAAUGUAGCAAAAUAUUCACGAUAUCAGUAAUAAUGUGCGGACACAUAUUACAAUAGUGGCCGGAAAGUAUUUGUAACUAUUAAUAAUGUACUUUAAUUGAUGAAUGUGUAUUAUGAACGUACUUUGUAAAUACUUUUCAAAUAUUUUCCUUUAUGUUAAAAUACAAUAGUUUUAUAAUGAA